GUCCAGUUGUCUUCUGAUCCUUCACCAGACACAAUGAGACUGCUGGUUCUGAUGCUGAUGUUUGGGGCUGCUGUGGCAGUUCCCCGUGGAGAUGGCAAGAUCAUUGGUGGCCAGGAUUGUGAGCCUAACUCUCGUCCCUAUAUGGCCUCCCUCAACUACGGCUAUCAUUUCUGUGGUGGGGUGCUCAUCAACAAACAGUGGGUGCUCUCUGUUGCCCACUGCUGGUACAAUCCCUAUUACAUGCAGGUCAUCCUGGGAGAACAUGAUGUCCGUGUGUUUGAGGGUACAGAGCAGCUCAUGAAGACUGACACCAUCAUCUGGCACCCUAGUUAUGACUACCAGACUCUGGAUUACGACGUCAUGCUCAUCAAGCUCUUCCAUCCCGUGGAAGUGACUGAUGCAGUUGCACCAGUCAACCUGCCCACAGGGUGCCCAAUCGGGGGGCUCCCUUGCUCUGUUUCUGGAUGGGGGUACGACUCCGUGGAUGGGAACCUGCCCAUCCGUCUGCAGUGUCUGGAUGUCCCCAUAGUGGACGAGGAAGAGUGUGAGAACUCCUAUCCUGGAAUGAUCACACGCAGGAUGGUGUGUGCUGGAUUCAUGGAUGGAGGCAGAGAUGCUUGCAAUGGCGACUCUGGCAGCCCUCUGGUGUGUGAGGGAGAACUCCAAGGCCUGGUGUCAUGGGGUCAAGGUUGCGCUCAACCCAACUAUCCUGGUGUCUACGUCAAAGUGUGCGAGUUCCUCUACUGGAUAGAAGACGUUCUGGCAGCCUAUUCCUGAAUGAAUUACAACUCUUUUCUCCCCCAGUUUAUUCACCUCCUUAAUGCUAAAAACCCCCACUUACUCCAAAUUUCUCCUUCCACUUUCUAAUCCUUCCCUACCUUUUCUUGCGGGUUGUUUUCUUUGCAUUUACACACAAAUUUUCUCUCACAAUAAAUCAGUCAACUCA